AUGCCCAGUGUCUGUGCCUUGGCCUUUCGCUGCUCCUUCUCCUCCUCUCUCCCGUUCUCAUUCUCUCGCUCCUUCUCCCUCUUCUCCCUUUCAUCAUCCUCGUUUGUAUCUUUCUCCCCCUCUCCCCCACCCUCCUCAUCCCCCUCCCCCGUUUCCUCAUCUCCCCCUCUUUCUCCUCUCUCUCCUUCCUGCAAGGAGCCUAGCACUUCCGUUGUGAAAUUCUCUCCCUCUCCCUUUCUCCCUGUCCCUCUCCCUUUCCUUCCCCUCAUUUUUGCUCCUUUCCCUUCUUCCUCCCCUUCUCCUCUCUCCUCCUCUCCUCCCCCUUCUCCCCCAUCCCGUUUUCUCCCAUCAACUUUCCCCCCCUCCCCUUCUCCCCUCUCCUCUCCCCCCUUCUCCUCUCCUUCCCCUUCUUCCCCCUUCCGUUUUCUCCCGUCGAUUUUUCCCCCCUCCUCCUCUCCCCUCGUCCCUCCCCUUCCUCCUCUCCCCCCUCCUCUCCCCCCUCCUCUCCUUCCUCGUCCCCUGCUGUGCUUCCUUCCUGCAAUGAUUCCAGCACCACGCCAGCCUGCCACAGGCAGGGCAAAGCAUGGAAGAGAGAGAGAGGUGCGGAGGAGAACACUCCUUGAAAUCCCUUUCCUUGUACCUUCAGCCAUGUGA